UGGCACGGUGAGGCGGCAUCUGCGAGCCCGGGGACGCCGAGCAGAGAGAGCAGAGAGAGCAGAGCCCCUCUCUCCGGGCUCAGCCCCAUGCCAUUGGCUCCCGAGCCGCUGGAUUGAAAGGCAGGAGCCGCUCGGAGCGCUGAGCCGCACAGGCAGCCGCAGCCCCAGCCAAGUUGUGCGAGCAGCAGAGGCUCGAACGCACCAGGCUGCGGGGUGCCCGCGCCUUGAUGCUCCUCUUGCUCCAGAAAGGGGGAGAAAAAAAAAACUAAAGAAGACCAAAAAACAGCAGCCAGAAAGGGGUGAAGGAGCCUGAUCCAGUCCAGCAGUCCCGGAGGGAAUAAUGGAUGUGACCGUCUCUCAGUUCAUCCUGGAAGAAUUUGAUGUGAACUGCAGCCUCCUGGAUCGUUUGCACGAGACUUUUUUAGAGAGUUCCUCUCUGCCUUUCCUGGGCUUUGAUGGUCCGUACUGCAAUGCCACCACGGACCAGAUCGGGACCUGCUGGCCCAGAACGUCUGCGGGGGAACUCGUGGAGAGACCCUGCCCCGAGUUCUUCAAUGGGAUCAAGUACAACACCACCAGAAAUGCCUACAGAGAAUGCCUGGGCAAUGGGACAUGGGCUUCCAAGAUAAACUACUCUCAGUGCGAGCCUAUUCUGGAUGACAAGAGGAAGUAUGCGCUCCAUUACAAGAUUGCUCUCAUCAUAAACUACCUGGGCCACUGUAUUUCAGUGGGGGCCCUCAUAGUUGCCUUUAUGCUUUUCUUGUGCUUGAGGAGCAUCAGAUGCCUGAGGAAUAUUAUCCACUGGAACUUGAUCACCACGUUCAUCCUGAGGAAUGUGAUGUGGUUUCUGCUUCAGAUGAUAGAUCACAACAUCCAUGAGAGCAAUGAGCCCUGGUGUCGAUGUAUUACCACUGUCUACAAUUACUUUGUGGUGACCAACUUCUUCUGGAUGUUUGUGGAAGGCUGCUACUUACACACUGCUAUAGUGAUGACCUACUCCACUGACAAGCUGAGGAAAUGGGUCUUUCUCUUCAUAGGAUGGUGUAUUCCCUGCCCAAUCAUCAUUGCCUGGGCCAUUGGCAAGCUGUAUUAUGAAAAUGAGCAGUGCUGGUUUGGAAAAGAGCCGGGGAAAUAUAUUGACUACAUCUACCAAGGGCCAGUCAUUCUUGUUCUCCUGAUCAAUUUUGUAUUUCUAUUUAACAUAGUUAGGAUUUUAAUGACAAAGCUGAGAGCUUCAACCACUUCAGAAACAAUCCAGUACAGGAAGGCAGUCAAGGCCACGUUGGUUCUCCUGCCCCUGCUUGGCAUCACCUACAUGCUUUUCUUUGUCAACCCUGGCGAGGAUGACAUUUCCCAGAUUGUUUUCAUCUAUUUCAAUUCCUUCCUUCAGUCUUUUCAGGGUUUCUUUGUGUCAGUAUUUUACUGCUUCUUGAAUGGUGAGGUGCGCUCUGCUGCCAGGAAGAGGUGGCACCGCUGGCAGGACCACCACUCGCUGCGGGUGCGCGUGGCGCGGGCCAUGUCCAUCCCCACGUCGCCCACGCGCAUCAGCUUCCACAGCAUCAAACAGACCGCGGCCGUCUGACCUCCCACCACCACCACCACCACCACCACCCCGUGGCCUUCAGAGCUCUCCUGUCUCCACCCCAGAGCCCUUCCUGCAAACUAAACUCUGCUCCUUUGGCCCCACUGAUCUCUUCCCAGUGAGGGGCCCGUCCUGUUUCGUCCGCGAUGCUGCUUGGAGGCAACCAGGGAAAAGCCUCUUGGAGCUGGUGGUGGUAAAACAGAUUCAAAGAAGGAACAGGUUCGACCCUGACUGCAUCCUGUGGAAGUUCACAAUGCAAAGUCUAGAACAGCACACUGGCAGGAAUAAUCAAAAUUUUUUUCACCUUCCUUUCAUUUUUUUUUUUGUUUUUAUUCCCCCUUUCGUAUUGCGGUGAACAAACUGUUUUGAACACACUGCCCAUCUCACCCUGUACAUUGGUUCCCAAUGAUUUCAACAGUUUUGGUGUAUAAUAGCCCAUCCCUUUCUUGUUUUCUUUGUAAAAAAGUUUCUUCUGUGCAAAACUUCAUUUGAGAACUUGUAGCAGCAAGAAAAAGAGAAUCCGAAAGGUGAAAAGGUGUGAAAAGCCUGAAUUUAUCUGCCUUCCCCAUUUCUCUCGUGGAGACAGACUGGGAAUUGUCAGGGCAUCGCUGGACUGUU